UAUGAUGCUCUCUGCCCCCUGUAUGUGCUCUGCUGCAUGGAACUAUGCAGAUCCAUCCAUCCAGGCGGUGGAGCCAGCCAGCCAGCCACACACGCAGACACAGGCGCAGAAAUAGGGAAUAGAAAACCCACGCCACAACACGUACUAGCUAGUAGAGACAAAUCCAGAAACCAACGCUUGGUCGUUCGUUGCUCCCAUCGCCAUGCGUCCACCACUCCGUUUCAGCAGCUGCCUGCCUUCAUAGUCCAUACCACCACCCUCCAUCACUCGCAGGCUGCAGCCCGGCCAUCUCUCAUCGUCACAUUAUAUAUAUAUAUAUAUAUAUAUAUAGGUAUAGCAGCAGCUCACUCUGCUCCAUCUUUGCAAAUCACCUGCCUUAAUUAAAGCAAGCUACAGCUCUUGUCUACUCGCUCUUCUAGCUAGCUAAGCUACGUUUAUUUCGCCUGCAAGCUCGGCCAGUGCCAGCCCGAUCUUACCACCAGCUAUAGCUAGCUCCGAUCCACAUAUAUAUAUAAAAUCAGGGUCAGCAGGUCGCAGCAACAGCAAUCGUCGACAUGUCCAGCGGCCGGAGGGCGUCACGCGCACGGCGUGCGGCGGGGAGCGCGCUCCCAUCGUCGACGACGUCGAGGUCCAUCUCAGAGGACCAGAUCUCCGAGCUGCUGUCCAAGAUCCAGGCUCUGCUCCUCCCGAACUCUCAUACUCGCAAUGGCGCACACAGGGGCUCGGCCUCGGCCUCGGCGGCGAGGGUGCUGCAGGACACGUGCAACUACAUCAGGAGCCUGCACCAGGAGGUGGACAACCUCAGCGAGCUGCUCGCCGAGCUGCUCGCCUCCGCCGAUGUCACCAGCGAGCAGGCCGCCGUCAUCAGGAGCCUGCUGCUCAUGUGACCACCACCAAAGGCAAAAGCUUCCGGUGAGAGCGCGUAUAUAUAUGCACGCACGCACGCACGGCGGCGGUCAGAUCUCAGAGGCACGCGCUGCAUGCCAGCCUAUCUACCGUACUUCCAAUCUGCAAUUGCUCAUUAUUAGCUGCCCCUGCCGCUGUCUAGCUACUAAACUACUAGUACUAGCACUGUGCCCGAGGAUAUUAUUAGUAGCUGCUAGCUGAGCUAUAUAUAUGGCGCUUUAUUUAGCAGACAUAGCAGUCACUAGCUAGCUAGCUGGUGGUGAGCAAUUCGAUCUUGUACUUUGAUGUAAGCUUGCAUUGUGGUCGUCCGUCGUCGUCGACAUCUCUGCUUUGCGAUCGGUUUGGAUGUUAAUCCAAGUCGGAUAUGAGAGGUUUUGCAAAUAAUAUGGGCGGGAGAUCGAUGGACAGACAAGCAAGCAUCAGGUUUCAAAUGAUGAUGCUGCUGGUGCUGCUACUACACGACUAGUAGCAGAGGUUAAUGUUGUUGAUGUACUUUGAGAUAACUAAUUGGCUUUGUUAAAUGAAAGGAAGUGCUUUCAUGUA